AUGUCGAAUCUCAUCAACAAGGCAAAAGACGCUUUUUCUGGCAACAAAGGCCACGAUGCAACAACCGCAACUACCACUACUUCUGCUUAUGGUACCACAGGAGCUGGUCCUCAUGAAUCUGCUGCCAUGAACCACGUGGAUCCCACCAUGGACCUUCGAACCGGAACUUCAACCCACUCAGCUGGGCCACAUUCUUCCAAUCUCACCAACAAACUCGACCCCCGAGUAGACUCCGAUCGGGAUCAUCGUACAAAUCCAAACAGCAAUGUCGGAGGAUAUGGAACUACCCAUGCCACCACUGCGGGUCCUCACUCAUCCAACCUUGCCAAUAAACUCGACCCCCGUGUUGACAGCGACACUGACCACCGAGCAAAUCCAAACAGUACGGUCGGAGGAUAUGGCCACUCAGGACGCGGAACAACCUCGACUGCCACCGCCGGUCCUCACGCUUCAAACCUUGCCAACAAAGUUGAUCCUCGCAUCGACAGUGACGUCAAUCACCGCAACAAUCCUGCUAGCCAUGUUGGCGGUUAUGGGAAGACUCAAGGGACAAAUGGUGGUGCUGGGGUAACAGGCACAACUGGGACUAUCGGUCAUAGAACAAGUGGCGGUACGGCAGGUAUACAUGUUCACGACAGCAAGCUCCUCAACAAGCUGGAUCCCAGGGUGAAGACCAGUGGAUAA